AUGGCGUUGACUGACUUUAUUGUAUCGUUUUUAUGUGUGUCCGCCGUUUCGGCCAAAUGUAUCACUGAUAUAGACAACGCUAAGAUAGAUCUAGAAGCGUAUAUCGAUUUUAAAAUUCCAGACAUCAAUCCCCGAUUUAGACUUCACUAUCAUGUGACUCCACCGGUUGGCUGGAUGAAUGAUCCCAACGGCUUCUCUUACCACGACGGAGAAUUUCACCUUUUCUACCAAUUUUACCCCUAUGACAGCGUGUGGGGGCCGAUGCACUGGGGCCACGUCUCGAGCCCGGAUCUCGUUCACUGGAACCAGUUACCGACGGCUCUUUUGCCAGAAAAGGAACAGUGCUUCUCGGGCUCCGCCGUGAGCGUCGGAGACACCAUGACGUUAAUGUACACAGCUCACGAGGUCACAGACGUGGAGCCAUUUUACAAUGAGAGCCAGUACCUCGCGUUCAGCGAUGACGGAGUGUACUUCUACAAGUACGAUGGCAACCCAGUCUUACCGGCGGCGCCGAACGGUUCUCCGGACUUUCGUGACCCCAAAGUUUGGAAAUACGGCAACGAGUGGUACGUAGUUCUCGGCAGCAAAACUGUGGACAAACGUGGAAGGGUCCUCUUGUAUAAGUCAAAAGAUUUAAAGGAAUGGGAGUUUCUUUCGGUCCUAGGUGAAUCGCAAGGCGAUAUGGGCUACAUGUGGGAAUGUCCAGACUUUUUUGAAUUGGACGGAAAGUUCGUGCUUCUCAUGUCCCCGCAAGGAAUGCAGCCGGAAGGAGACCGUUAUAAAAAUACCUUUCAAAACGGAUACAUCAUCGGUAGUUUUGAUUACGAGAGUAACGAGUUUCAUCCAGAAGUCGAGUUUCAAGAAAUGGACUACGGACACGAUUUCUAUGCUGCGCAGACAGCGGAGCAUAAGGGGAAGCGGUACGUCGUAGCCUGGUUCAGUAUGUGGGAGGUGCCCCAUCCAGAAGACGUAGACGGCUGGUCAGGAGCGAUGACUAUAGUGAGAGAACUCAAAUUAAUUGACGACAGAAUUGUAAUGAAGCCAUUAGAAGAAAUGUUGGAGUUACGUCAUCAUACUGUUAUGCACGGUCGUCUUCGACCCCAAGAAGUGACCAGACUACCGCAGGCUACAGAACUCAUUGUGGACGGAAAUAUACGACAAAGAAUUGAGCUUUUUUUGCAAGGUGUAGAUGGAGGUGGUAAGGUAUGGGUACGCUGGGAUCCUGCUGCCGGAAAUGUGGUGGUAGAUAGAGGAGCUGGAGAUAUCAGACAAGUGGAAUGGUCACCGAUCGGGACUACCACCUGGCGGAUAUUCUUGGAUGCGAGUAGCUUGGAGUUAUUCUGUGGUGAAGGUGAGGUGGUGUUCAGUAGCAGGGUGUAUCCGCUAGGCGGGUGGAAACUUACGAAUUUGAGUCGACAGUCUCUGAAGAUCGAAGCGUAUCAUUUGAAACGUAGCGUUCCAGCUUAG